CUGAGUCGAGACGCCAUUCCUGGCUGUCAGAUCUCUGCUGACACACGGAAAUACUUUGAAGAUUUUAAGAAGAAGCAGCUGAAACUUUUGGUGAGUUUGGCUGUUGAAAUAAUUCAACCUAAAAUGGCUGAGAAAGCUCUGCUGGAAAGUUACCUGAGCUGCCAUGUGUGUUCAGAGACUUUCAGAGAUCCUGUGUCUCUGAGCUGCAACCACAGCUUCUGUUCAAGCUGCCUGCAGAAAUUCUGGGAACAAGCAGGAAACAAGAACUGUCCCAUCUGUAAAAGAAGAUCUUCCAAGGAUUAUCCAGCAAGCAACUUCACUCUGAAGUAUCUGGCUGACUCUUUUACUGGAAGACAGAAAUCUGGAUCAUCUGAGGCAGAAAAAGGAGAAGAGCAGCUGAUGGUGGUCUGCAGCAAACACCAAGAAGACCCUAAACUGUUCUGUGAAGACGAGCAGAGAGCUGUGUGUCCUGGCUGUGAAUUUUCUCUCCACCAGAGUCACAAAGUGGUUCCUGUAGAACAAGCAGUCAGUGAGCUGAAGGAGCAGCUGAGAUCUGACUUAAAGUCUCUGCAGGACAAGAGGAACAAACGCAAACAGGUGGAGAAAACAUACGAGGAUGUGAUUCAACACUCCAAGAAGCAGCUGUUGUCCACAGAGAGACAGAUCAGAGCAGAGUUCAACAAGCUCCACCCGUUCCUGAAAGAGGAAGAGGAGUCCAGACUGGCAGCUCUGAGGGAGGAAGAGGAGCAGAAGGGGAAGACUAUCAGCAGAGAGAUGAAGAGGAUCCAGGAGCAGAUCUCCUCUCUGUCAGACAGCAUCUCUGCUGUUGAAGAAGACCUGCAGAAAGACAACGUGUCGUUCCUCAGCAGUUAUAAAGCCACUCAGAGCAGAGCCAGAGGUCAGAGGUCACUGUCAGACCCACAGCUGGUCUCAGGAGCUCUGAUAGAUGUGGCCAAACACCUGGGCAACCUGUCCUUCAGAGUCUGGGAGAAGAUGAAGGAGAAGGUCCACUUCAGUCCUGUCAUUCUGGACCCAAACACUGCAAGUAGAUUUCUCUACCUGUCUGAUGAUCUGACCAGUGUGAGACGUGGAGACACAGAGCAGCAGCUUCCUGAUAAUCCAGAGAGAAACACUUAUUACACCGUUGUUUUUGGUUGUGAGGGCUUCAGCUCAGGGAAACACAGCUGGGAGGUGGAGGUGAGAGACCAUCCUCGCUGGGUUAUUGGUUAUGUUAAAGAGUCAGUUGAGAGGAAGGGAGAAAGAAAUGUUUUACCAGAAGAUGGAAUCUGGUGUUUGCGGCGUCGUUUUGGAAAAUACUUUAAUGGUGAUGAUCAAACUCUCACAGUGAAGAAGAAUCUCCAGAAGAUCAGAGUCCAGCUGGACUAUGACAAGGGGGAGGUGUCCUUCUACGACCCUGAAGACAUGUCUCACAUCUACACUCACAGAGACAUAUUCAAUGAGAAACUCUUCCCUUUUUUAGCUGUUGGAAAAGCUGCUGAUCUCAAAAUCUGUCAAACUGAGAUUUCUGUUUAAACAUUUUAAAAACAAAGUUGUGUUUUUAAAAUUCUCUGACUAUUUUUUUGUAUUUUUAGAUAUUUCUAUUUGCAGUAAGACCAACCUUUGUUUUAAAUUGUUAAUGAACAAUUUUAUUACUGUUUGAGGUUUUGAAACUUUAAUUUGAAUUGGAAAACUAAAUGUUUUUGAAUAUCAAAACAUCUAUAUCAUUUAAUGAGUGUUUUUAUUUUUGUGAAACUAGUAUAACAUAAUAAUUUAAGAAUGUUUUUACUUCAGUAUUUAGUAGUAAUCUUUCUCACUAGCAUUGGACAAUUCUUCAGACAAACAAAUUUGAAGAUUAUUUUUAUUUUGUUCCUAACUCUGUUUUGUAAAGCUGUUAACACAAACUCAGAUUUCUUAACUGGGUUAUUUUGUUAGUGUUGUUUUUGUUAUUGUAAUGAUUCAGUUCAGCAGGAAAUAUUAGAAAAUAAAUCUUCAGAUCCAGUUUUCUCUCUCUGACUGUUUUCUGCUCACUGAAUAUUUGCUUUCUUUUCCUCAAUGUAAAAGUUGUUUCCAUGCUAUUAAAACUGCU